UGUUUAGCUAGUCACCCCGAGCGCCGCCGGCCGGCUCGCGUGUCGCGUCAGUCGCAAGUCCGCGCUAGCCUCGCACGCACGUCUGUCGUCGCGGCACCCACCGACACGUCACCAAACUUUCCAAGGCGAACUAAACUUUCUUCACGUCCCACUAAACUAAUAUAAAACGCGAGUUUAUUGAUAUUAUUGUGAGUGCUUGUAAGUGUUGAUGUGGUUUGUGGUGCAGUGAACAUGCGGAGCGCCCGGCAGGCGUUCUGCCUGCUGCUGCUGGCGGUGGCUGCCGCAGCACAGAUCGACACCAGACACUUAUCAGGGCGCACGGGGCGCAUGAAGCCUCGCCUGCCAAAGCAAUUCCUUAAAAAGAUUCGCUUCAAAGGGGACACAAUAUGUCCAAGUGGCAUGUUCAGAUGUCCGGAGGGCAAGUGCAUCCCGUCGCUGUGGGUGUGCAACUAUCAGCGCGACUGCGAGAAGGGAGAGGACGAGUUCCAGUCGUGCCCUCCUCCGGAAUGCGAGGCGGGGCAGCUGACGUGCGGACAGUACGUGUUCAACAAGACGUACUGCAUCCCGCCGCACUACCGCUGCGACAUGCAGGUGGACUGCGUCGACGGCACCGACGAGGCCGACUGCACAUAUCGUAAAUGUCAGACAGACGACUUCCAGUGCGGGAUGGAAGGCGUCGGGCCUGGCAAGAUCUCAGCACAGGGACCCUGUAUACCUAAGGAAAAGAAAUGUGACGGUUAUUUAGAUUGUAGAACAGGCCGUGACGAACAAGACUGCCCUGGACAGCCGCUAGCGUGUCGGCUGGACCAGUUCCGAUGCGCCUCCGGGAACAAGUGUGUGGACUCGUCCGUUAAGUGCGACCACAAAGAUGACUGCGGAGAUAAUUCAGAUGAAGCACAUUGUAGUUUCCCAGCGUGCCACAUAGGGCAGUUCCGCUGCAGCAACGCUCUGUGCAUCCCGGCGACGUACCACUGCGACGGCUACAAGGACUGCUCCGACGGGUCUGACGAGGCCAACUGCACGGCCAUCGCGUGUCCUGACAACAAGUACCUGUGCCCCAAGGGCGGGCCCGGCGGCGCGCACAAGUGCAUCGCGCGCUCACAGCUCUGCGACGGAAAGAAGGACUGCGAGGAUAAUGCUGAUGAGGAGACUGCUUGCUCGACUGCAUCAUGUCCUGCGCUGGAGUGCGAGUACAAGUGCGUGGCGUCCCCCGCGGGCGGCGCGUGCGCAUGCGCGGCCGGCCUCGCGCUCUCUGCCGACAACCGCACCUGCGUCGACCGAGACGAGUGCAAGGAGUGGGGAUACUGUCACCAGCUCUGCAUCAACACUCCUGGAUCAUACAAGUGCCUGUGCGCGCCGGGCUACUCGCUGGCGGGCGGCGGGCGCUGCGCGGCGGGCGCGGGCGGCGCGGCGCCGGCGCUGCUGCUGGCGCACGCGGCCGCCGUGCUGCGCAUGGACCUGCACGGCCGCGCGCCCGUGCACGUCGCCAACGCCACCGCCGCCGCCGGCCUCGACUACCAUUACAGGAAGAACCUGCUCUUCUGGUCUGAUCUUAAGACGAGGAAGAUCCACUCACAGCCACUGAGCAUGGGUGGUCCGGCUGGCUCAGGCAGUUCGCUGGGCUCCGGCACCGACAUCACAGUGGCCGGCUCCUGGGCACCCGUGGCGCUGGCGGUGGACUGGGUGGGAGACAAGCUGUACGUCGCCGAUGCUAUCGGACAGAAGGUCGACGUCUUUGAGUUGGAUGGACGCUGGCAUGCUGUGGUGCUCGGAUCGAACCUGACCAGUCCCGCUGAUCUCGCGCUUGAUCCUACACUUGGGUUGAUGUUCGUUGCUGAUAGUAGUCAGAUCGUCAGAGCAAACAUGGACGGAACCCACGCAAAAUCAAUAGUCUCCGAAGCAGCAUACAAAGCAUCCGGUAUCGCUGUGGACAUUAUUGCGCGAAGAGUGUUUUGGUGUGACUCCUUAUUGGAUUAUAUCGAAACUGUGGACUAUGAUGGAAACCAUCGUUUCCUGGUGCUCAGAGGCCAACAGGUACCUAGCCCCUCCAGACUGGCGCUUAUCGAAGAUAGAGUGUACUGGUCGGAUAACACCAAGCAAGGAAUCAGCUCCGUCAACAAAUAUGAGGGACCCUCCAGCAUACAAGCGAUCUACAAGAUGAAGGACAUCAGGGAGCCCAAGGCCAUCACCGUGGUGCACUCACUGAAGCAGACGUCGGUGAACAACCCUUGCGGCACCAACAACGGCGGCUGCGCGCAGAUGUGCAUCGUGACGGCGCUGCAGAACGGCGGCCUCGGCUACCGCUGCGCCUGCAACAUCGGCUACCGGCUCGAGACCGACCUCCGGAACUGCGACCUUGUUAAAGAGUUCCUUAUGUACUCCCAGCAGAGGUUUAUCAAGGGAAAGGUUCUCAACCCAGUCAUUGAAGGUUUCAGUGACGCCAUCCUGCCAGUAGUUUCUAAGAGAGCUAGAUUUGUAGGUUUAGAUUUCGAUGCUCGAGACGAGCACAUCUAUUAUUCAGAUGUUUUACAAGAUGUGAUAUACAGGGUUCAUAGAAAUGGAACGACCAAGGAAAUAGUUCUUGCGUCACAGAAUGAAGGAGUGGAAGGUCUAGCAGCAGACUGGGCUUCCAAGAAUCUGUACUACAUUGACUCAAGGAAAGGAACAUUGAAUGUUCUGUCGACGAGACACGUUACUUACAGGAGAACUUUGCUGAAGGACCUGAAGAGGCCGCGAGCUAUCGUAGUACACCCAAACAAAGGUUUCAUUUUCUUCUCGGAAUGGGAUCGGCCUGCCAACAUAAGCCGAGCAUACACAGACGGAACCAACUUGUUGGUCUUCGAGAACGUAACUCUUGGCUGGCCUAACGGCUUGUCCAUAGACUUUGACGCUGACAGGCUGUACUGGUGCGAUGCCUUACUCGACCAUGUGCAACAUUCCAAACUUGAUGGAACGGACGUCAAGACUGUUAACUCCAGGCUCAUCAGACAUCCAUUCUCAAUUGUUAUUCACAAAGAGUUCAUGUACAUCACAGACUGGAGACUCGACGCGAUAGUCAGGUUACACAAACUAACUGGAGAACAAGAAGACAUUAUGGUCCGUGAACCUCAAACAAACAGACUUUAUGGUGUCAAGGUGUACAGCGAAGAAAUCCAGAGGAUAGAUCCUAUGCAGCCUUGUGCACGAGACAAUGGAAACUGCCAAAAACUUUGCUUCGCUGUACCUAGGAACAACACGGAACUUCUAACCGUCAAAUGUGGUUGUCCGUAUGGAGAGAAACUGGCGCCUGAUGGCACCAGCUGUAUUCCUGAUCCAAGCUCCGAACCGCCCAUGCAAGCAUGUCCUCAUUCUUGGGAUUUCACCUGUAACAACCAAAGAUGUAUUCCCAACUCUUGGGUGUGUGAUGGAGAUGACGAUUGUUUGGACAACAGUGACGAGGAACAGAACUGUACUAAAACAACAUGCAGUGCAUCAGAAUUCAUGUGCAAGUCUGGGCGUUGCAUCCCGGCGACGUUCAAGUGUGACUCGGAGAACGACUGCGGCGACUUCUCCGACGAGACCGGCUGCGUCAACGUCACCUGCUCCUCCUCACAGUUCCAGUGCGACAACGGCCGCUGUGUGCCCAACACCUGGAAGUGCGACUCCGAGAACGACUGUGGAGACGGUUCUGAUGAAGGAUCUCAUUGUGCCGAGAAGACUUGUGCAUACUUCCAGUUCACAUGUCCGCGCACGGGGCACUGUAUCCCGGCGUCGUGGGUGUGUGACGGCGACGACGACUGCUUCGACAAGCAGGACGAGGCCGACUGCCCGCCCGUCUCCUGCCUCGCCAGCCAGUUCAAGUGCGCAGACCUCAAGCAGUGUGUGCAGGAAGCAUACAAAUGCGACGGCAUCCCGGAUUGUAACGACGGCAGCGACGAGGCGGGCUGUCCGUCCCUGGCGCCGCACCAGUGCCAGCCCGACAAGCAGUUCCAGUGCCGCUCCUCCGGCAUCUGCAUCCCCACCACCUGGUACUGUGACGGUACGCCUGACUGCGAGGACCUGUCAGACGAGCCAGCGAGCUGCGGCGCGGUGUCGUGCGCUCACAACUACUUCCGCUGCCAAAACGGACGCUGCGUCUUCAAGGCGUACGUCUGUGACGGCCGCGACGACUGCGGAGACAACUCCGACGAGGGGCUCGAGCAUGCUUGCAAACCACCCGCCUUCAGGUGUCCCGCUGACCAGUGGCAAUGUCCCGGCGUCACAGGCCGUUGUGUCAACAUCACUCAAGUUUGUGAUUCCAAGUUUGACUGUCCGAAUGGAGCUGACGAAGGUGCAAGCUGUGAUUUUGCUGAAUGUGAACAUCAAGACGGUCUCUGUUCCAAUGGAUGUAAACAGACUCCUAAUGGACCGCUGUGUCUUUGUCCACCUGGCGAGGAAUUGGAUGUGGAUGGCUCCAACUGCAAGGACAUCAACGAAUGUGAUCCGCCAGGUCUCUGUUCGCAGACAUGCACCAACACGAAGGGUUCCUACGUAUGCUCCUGUAUGGACGGCUACAUCUUAACCAUGAAUAACCACACAUGCAAGGCUAACAACCACUCCAGCGCCUUCCUCAUCAUUUCCAAUAGACAUUCCAUCCUAGUGGCAGAUCUUAAUGAACAAGGCCUGGAAAGAGUUCCAAUUAACGUCGAAAAUGUAGUCGCAACCGCCUCUAACAUGCACACAGGAACAAUAUUCUGGUCGGACAUGAAACUCAAGAAGAUCUCCCGGUUAGACCGCGGUAGUGAGCCGCAGGUCAUCAUAUCCACUGGACUGGACCUCGUCGAGGGACUUGCCUAUGACUGGGUCGGAGGUAACAUUUACUGGCUAGACAGCAAACUGAACACUAUCGAGGUAGCCAAAGAAGACGGUUCAGCUAGGACAGCUUUGUUAAGCGGCAACAUCACACAGCCUAGAGGAAUGUGUCUAGAUCCAGCACCAAAUGCAAGAUGGCUGUUCUGGACCGACUGGGGAGAGAACCCUCGUAUCGAAAGAGUUGGAAUGGAUGGUACACAGAGAUCAGCUAUUAUUACGACGAAAAUCUACUGGCCUAAUGGUUUAACACUAGAUACAGCUACACAAAGAGUGUACUUCGCUGAUUCAAAAUUAGAUUUUAUCGACUUCUGUUAUUACAACGGUACAGGAAGACAGCAGGUCCUGGCCGGUAGCCACUACCUCCUCCACCCUCACUCACUGACACUUUUCGAAGAUACGUUGUACUGGACCGAUCGUCAACUGAACAGAGUACUGUCGGCUCAUAAAUUCAAGGGAACGAACCAGACAGUGGUGUCUCACCUGAUAUCGCAGCCGCUGUCCAUCCACGUGCAUCACCCGUCCUUACAGCCGCUCUACACUUCACCCUGUAAGAAGGAUUCGUGCCAACAUCUGUGCCUGCUCAGUCCAAACAAGACUGUUGCCUACACUUGUAUGUGCAAGCCCGGGUUCAAGCUGUUACCUGACGGAAAAUGUAUAGAAGAGGAGUCUGCAUACCUGAUGGUACUGAAGGGAAGUCAAGUCAUUGACUUAUCGAUGGACGGAUCCGGCCGCGCUGGACAACUCGCGCCCAUUGUUGGCAUUCAAGGUGGAGUACAACUGGACUACGACCGUCAAGGCCACAUGUUAUACUGGCUGCAGUCCAUAACUGGUGAUAGCGAUGAUGACGAAAACUGCACAAUCUACAGUAUGCCUUACGGUGGUGGUAAUAAGGUCGAGUUCUUCGGAUCUGAUACCGGUAUUGUCGGGGCACCAUCGGCCAUUGCCUUCGACUGGCUCGGCAGAAACUUGUACAUGGCCAACAGGGUUGCCAGUAACAUCGAACUUGUCAGAGUGGACGGUAAAGUGAAGUACCGGUCUAUUGUGAUGGCUAACGAUGGCAGCAAGGCAUCUGUUGCUAAACCGAAAGGAAUCUGUUUGGAUCCUACUGAAGGAAAAAUGUACUGGUCCGACGAAGGAGGCUUCGGAGUUCCAGCGAAGAUCGGCAAAGCCAACAUGGAUGGCACUAAUCCCAUUAUUCUGGUGGAUACCAUCGAACGACCUGAAGCUGUCACCAUUGACAUUGAGAAGAAGAUCAUCUACUUCAGCACUCAGUUCCCGGCCAGCAUCAACAGUGUCAACACUGAGGGUAAUGACAGGAAAACCAUACUGUCUGAGACCAACGCUAUCUCCUAUCCCAAAGUAAUCGCCGUACUGGAUUCGAGACUGUAUGCUUUGGAUCCUCUUCACGAAAAGAUAAUUAAGGCUGACCUACCCAACGGCGAUAACAUCAAGGCUAUAUUAGACAAUGAAAGUGACUUGAAGUCGUUUACAAUAUUCCAAAAGAGGAAGAUGGUUCACCACCCAUGCUCGCAGAGCAAUGGAGGCUGCGAACAGAUCUGUAUCCCUGGAGACGGUGGGUCCCGGGUCUGCGCUUGUUCUGUUGGCUACAGAAAGGAGAAUGAAGUGAACUGUGUGCCUUACAAGACGUUCGCGGUAGUAUCACAGCUGGACCUCAUCCGCGGGUACAGCAUCGACUCUAGUGCCGAAGCCAUGGUACCCGUCACUGGUGUUGGACACCACAUCCUGCAUGUAGAUGUACACUUCGCUGAAAACUACAUUUACUGGGUGGAGUUCAACCGCGGACAAUGGAACGGAAUAUUCCGCAUCAGACCAAAUGGCACGGAACUACAGCACAUUGUUAAGGAUGGUAUUGGCAGCAAUGGCAUCCGAGGGUUAGCUGUAGACUGGGUCGCUGGAAAUCUCUACUUCACCAACGUCUUCCCUCACGAAAACUAUGUAGAAAUGUGCUGGCUUGACGGUUCGAAUAGGAAGGUCUUGGUAAAAACAACAAUGGAUGCUCCAAGAGAACUCGCUGUGAACCCUCUAAAGAGACUGUUAUACUGGAUCGAUUAUGGUCAGUACCCACGAAUUGGAAAGGCGUAUUUGGAUGGUAGCAACUGGCAAACCGUAGUGAGCUCUGGAAUAUCAAACCCGAGAGACCUGACCAUCGAUAUGUUGACUCAUGACGUCUAUUGGGUUGACUCUAAACUGGACCAAAUCCAAAAGAUCUCCUUCAAUGGUGGUAAUAGACAACUGAUUAGAUCAAACUUACCAAAUCCUAUGGGCAUCGCGAUACACACGGGUAGCGUUUACUGGGUUGAUAGAAACUUGCAAACUAUCUACAAAGCGUCCAAAUUGCCUGGCAAUAUGUCCAUGCCAGAGAAAGUUAGAAUAAACCUUCCCAAGCUCAGAGAUAUUGUUAUAUUUGAUGUGAACAAUCAGCCUACGGACGAAAACAACCCUUGCAGAAAGCUUGGCAAUGGUGGAUGUGAUCAACUUUGCUUCAGUUACCCACCGGAAGCUAACAAGGGAUAUACUCAUAGAUGUGACUGUGCAACUGGACAAAUCUCUGCUUCGAAUCCGAAGAAAUGUGACGUGGUUGAGGAGUACCUGGUAUUCACCACAAGGACUGAAAUUCGAGCUAUAAACUUAGAUCCGAAAUCUACAGGAGUGCCUUUUAAACCUGUCGUCAACCUUACAAAUGUUGUAGGUGUAGAGUUUGAUUACACCGACAAUAAGCUGUUCUUUACUCAGAUCAGGCCAUGGGCUAGAAUAGGCUGGAUGUCUGCUAACAACCCAGAUCCAUCGACCAUCCAGAACAUCAUUAGUAAGGGCAUCAAUCCUGAAGGUAUAUCUUAUGACUGGACGCAAAAGAAAGUUUACUGGACAGACAGUUCUAACAAUUCCAUUUACGCCAUGAACCUCGAUGGUACAGAGCUUGUAAUGAUUGCUAGAGUCGAACGCCCGAGAGCUAUUGUUGUUGACCCAUGCAACGGAACUCUAUACUAUACAGAUUGGGGCAGAUUUGGGACUUCUGGAAAGAUCUAUAGAACAACCAUGGCUGGAUCAUUGAAGAAGGCAAUCAUAGACAAGGACUUAUCGCAACCUAGUGGCUUGACCAUUGACUUUGAUGAAAACAUGUUAUAUUGGACCGAUGCUGUCAGAGAGAAGAUUGAACGGUCUAAGCUAGAUGGUUCUGAUAGAGAAGUUCUGAUCAGUGCAACCAUCUAUCCAUUCGCCAUCACCGUUUUCGGUAACUACAUUUACUGGACUGACCUUCAGCUUCGCGGUGUGUACAGAGCAGAAAAACAUACUGGUGCUAACAUGAUAGAGAUGGUGAAGCGAUUGGAAGACUCGCCUCGUGACAUUCACAUUUACAGUCCGAGCAGACAAAAGUGUCAAGUGAAUCCCUGUAAGAUUAGCAAUGGAGGUUGCGCACACAGCUGUCACCCUGCACCUAACAACACUGUCGAGUGCAAGUGUGAUGAUAACACUAAACUGGUAAACGAAGGCAGAAUGUGUGUGGCUAAGAACAUUACCUGUGACCCUAGCAAGUUCUUCUGUGCCAACGGCAAGUGCAUCAGUAAGAUGUGGUCAUGUGACGGAGAUGACGACUGUGGGGAUAACUCAGAUGAAGACAAGAACUACUGCACGUACCACUCGUGUUCGCCUAGCGAGUUCCGCUGUAACAAUGGCAGGUGUAUCUUCCAGUCAUGGAAAUGUGAUCAUGAAAAUGAUUGCAAAGACGGAUCUGAUGAAGAAGGAUGCGUAUACCCACCAUGCGCUGAGGGCGAGUUUACGUGCCUCAACUCUCGUUGUAUACCAAUGUCGCAAGUCUGUAACGGAAUCAACGAUUGUAAGGACAACAUCACAUCGGACGAGACACAUGAACGUUGCCCGAUGAACACAACGUGCCCGACUAACCAUCUAAAAUGCGAGAAGACGAAUAUUUGCGUUGAACCCUACUGGCUCUGCGAUGGUGACAAUGACUGCGGUGACAAUUCUGAUGAAGACCCACUGCAUUGUGCCCAGAGAACGUGUCCUCAAAACAGUUUCCGUUGUCCCAACCACCGAUGCAUCCCUGCCACGUGGUAUUGCGACGGAGACGACGACUGCGGUGACGGCGCUGACGAGCCGCCAGAGUACUGCCGCUCAGAAGGCCGCACGUGCUUCGGUGACCUCUUCACUUGUGACAACGGAAACUGCAUACCCAGAAUCUACAUUUGCGAUGGUGACAACGACUGUCUGGACAACAGUGACGAAGACGAUCGUCAUCAGUGCAAUGAACGCAAGUGUGAUGCUGAAACUGAAUACACAUGUGAAGAAAACAAAUUCUGGCAACGAGCGCAAUGUAUUCCCAAGAAAUGGAUCUGUGAUGGUGAUCCAGAUUGUAUUGAUGGAGCUGAUGAAAACUCAACCAUCCAUCACUGCGCCACACCCACACCUUGCUCUGAAGACCAAUUCCAAUGUAACAACGGCCGCUGUAUCAACGAAGGCUGGGUGUGUGAUCACGACAACGACUGUGGUGACGGCUCUGACGAAGGUAAACGUUGUAACACUCAAUACAAGCAAUGUAGCGAUCAAGAGUUUAAAUGUCAGAAUUUCAAGUGUAUUAGAAACCACUUCAGAUGUGACGGUGAAGAUGAUUGUGGUGAUCAUUCUGAUGAAGUUGGAUGUGUUAAAGAGAAUAAGACAUGUCCUGCUGGCCAGUUCAAAUGUAAUAAUGAUCAGUGCAUCGAUAACAGACUGGUCUGCAACAAAGUGUCUGAUUGUACCGACGACUCUGACGAACCUCCUCAUUGUAACAUCGAUGAAUGUGCUAAGCUAGAAAUCAAUCAAUGUGGCCACAAAUGUAUUGACACUCUAACAGGCUACUAUUGCGACUGUAAUCAAGGCUACAAGCUGCUCGCGGAUGGUAAAGCUUGCGCAGACAUAGACGAAUGUAUAGAAACGCCAGGAGUUUGCUCGCAGUACUGCUCCAACACCCCUGGAUCCUACUAUUGUAAAUGUAACGACCAAUAUUAUGAAAGAGAACCUGAUGAGCACACUUGUAAGCGCAAGGAUAACACCACCGCCUGGAUUAUAUUCACGAACAAGUAUUACGUGAGGAACAUGUCCACCGACGCCAGUUUAUAUAACUUGAUGCAUCAAGAUCUGAUGAACGUCGUCGCAAUCGACUUCGACUUCAAAGAACAGAGAAUGUAUUUCGCUGACGUCUCCGCUAAGACCAUUUACCGAUCAAACUACACCGACCCCAGUCCCACAAAAGAAGUGGUUAUCAGACAUGACUCGCAUGGUCUUGAAGGUAUAGCCGUUGAUUGGAUUGGAAGGAAACUUUACUGGCUUGACAGACAUUCUAAAAACUUGGAUGUGUCAGAAUUGGAUGGUACUAGGAGAAAGACUUUGAAAACUGGCGUAACAGACCCUAGAGCAAUAGUCGUGCACCCUGGAACAGGUUACCUUUACUUCACAUCGUGGCAUCUACAGGCUUACAUAGGAAAAUUGGGUAUGGACGGGUCCAAUUUCACUUCUAUUCUGAACUGGGAGGAUGACAUCGCCUGGCCGAAUGCUUUGACAAUAGACUAUUUCACUGACAGAAUCUACUGGGCUGAUGCUCAUUUGGACUACAUCGGUUCAGCUGAUUUGGAAGGAAGGCACAGGCAUGUCGUAUUAUCUGGUGCAAAAGUACCUCAUGUGUUUGCUCUCAGUCUCUUCGAUGACGAAAUAUUCUGGACUGAUUGGAAUCUCAAAGCAAUUAGCAAAGCAAACAAACACUCGGGAGAAAAUCUGACUGUACUAAGAAACACCACUCAUAGACCGUAUGAUAUUCACGUCGUUCAUCCACUGAGACAACUGCCGUAUCCCAACCCUUGUGGAGAUAACAACGGAGGGUGCUCUCAUCUGUGUCUGAUAGCGCCGCCCCAUGCAUCCAGCUACCUGAACAUCGAGGGUUACGGAGAAGAAGGCGCCACAACGUUCAAGUGUGCUUGCCCGAACCAAUUCUACUUAGCCAGAGAUAUGAAAACAUGUAUUGCCAACUGCACAGACGGUCAACAUAGAUGCAACGGUCAUGAUGAGAAAUGUAUUCCAUGGUUCUGGAAGUGUGACGGCGAGAAAGACUGUAUGGAUGGUUCUGAUGAGCCUGAAACUUGCCCUGUUCGUCAUUGCAGAGCUGGCUCAUUCCAGUGUAAGAACACCAACUGCACGCCUGCCGCCACCAUCUGUGACGGUACUGACGACUGUGGAGACGGAAGUGACGAGGCUGAGUGCGCCCACGAGUGCCCGCUCCUCGAGUUCAAGUGCAAGUCCAGUGGCAGGUGUAUACUUGACAGUUGGAAGUGUGAUGGCGACACAGACUGUAAGGACAAUAGUGACGAAGACCCUGCAAUGUGUCAUAACCGACCUUGUAAUCCUGACACCGAAUUCGCAUGCAAGAACGGAAGAUGUAUCCCGAAAUUAUGGAUGUGCGAUUUCGAUAACGACUGCGGAGAUGAUUCUGAUGAGCCAGCGUACAUGUGUAGGCAAAAGAACUGUACCACUGGAUGGAGAAGAUGUCCCGGACAAGCGAACUAUAGAUGUAUUCCGAAAUGGUUGUUCUGUGACGGCAAAGACGACUGCAGAGAUGGAUCGGAUGAAUUACCAGAGAACUGUCCCACUUGCAGUGCCGAGACUGACUUCACAUGCGACAACAAGCGCUGUAUACCGAAACAAUGGCUGUGCGACUUCACCGACGACUGCGGAGAUGGUAGCGACGAGUCGGAAACGGUUUGCCAACAUAAGUACAGAGAAUGUUCGGAAUCAGAAUUCAAGUGCGGCAAUGGAAAGUGCAUUUCAUCGAGAUGGCGUUGUGACCACGAGGACGACUGCGGUGACAACACCGACGAAGCCGACUGCGGCGGCUUCAAGUGCAAGAACGGAACCUUCCAGUGCAAGUCCGGACACUGCAUCGCUGCGUACUUCAGGUGUGACGGCGACAGAGACUGCAGAGACUUGUCUGAUGAGAUCGGGUGCCCACCGCGCUACCCUGGCGGCAGAUACUGCCCGGAGAGCAGAUUCCAGUGCGCGAACAACCUGUGCGUGUCUCAGUCAGACCUGUGUGACGGUACUGACGACUGCGGCGACGGCUCCGAUGAAGCUGCCUCCAUAUGUACCAACUUCAACUGUGAUACGCUGAGACGGUUCCACUGCGAUAACCACAGAUGUGUACCUCGCUACCAAGUAUGCGACGGAGUUGACAACUGCGGCGACGGCUCGGACGAGAACAACAUGACGCUGUGUGCGGCGCGCGUGAAGCCGUGCGACCCGUACGCGCAGUUCCAGUGCGCCAACCGCCACUGCGUCGACCGCACGCAGCUCUGCGACUUCGCCGACGACUGCGGCGACGCCUCCGACGAGCUCGGCUGCCACCACACGCACACAUGCUCGCAUCUUGAUAAAGGAGGUUGCGAGCACUUCUGCACGAACCUGACGCAGAUCGGCGGCGCGGGCGGCUACAUCUGCACGUGCUUCCAGGGCUGGAUCAUCUCGCCCGUGGACAAGAAGCGCUGCGUCGACGUGGACGAGUGCGCCGCCGGCACGCACCACUGCUCGCAGAUAUGCAACAACCUCAACGGCAGCUACAGCUGCGACUGCACAGAAGGAUUCAAACUGGCAGACAACUUAUCAGGAGUAUGCAAAGUUGUAGAUGAUGACGUUGUUCUUCUAUUCGCCAAUGGACCUGAAAUACACGCCUUUGCACAAAAGGAAGACAGAGAGUAUGACGUCAUCACAGCCGAGAAGAGAAUAGAAGCCAUAGACUACGAUCCUAAGCAAGAGAUGAUAUUCUGGGCAGACAGUUACGAUAAGACCAUCAAGCGGUCCUACAUGCUCAACGCACUGAACGGACAAGUCAAGAGUGGAUUUGCCCAAGAUCUCAACAUGAAGGGUAACUCAAAACCGACUGCUUUGGCAGUAGACUAUGUCGGAGAUAACCUGUACUGGACGGAGACCGACAGGACAGGGUCGAAACCUCGAGGACGAGUCAUGGUUGCAAGAACUGAUGGAAGAUACCGAAGAGCUAUUGUGUCUGCGGGAAUUGAAAGCCCCACGUCACUGGUUCUUGAUCCUCAAAUGGGAAGGAUGUUUUGGGCUGACGCUGGUUCCGCUCCUAAAAUCGAAAUAGCUUGGAUGGACGGUUCAAAGAGGAGACCGAUUGUCACAGAAAACAUCAGACAUCCGACUGGCUUGGCCAUCGACCAUUUGAUGGAUCACGCUAUAUACUGGGCUGACACUAAACUGAACACUAUCGAGAUGAUGAGGCACGACGGUUCUAACAGGAAGGUGAUCCUGAAGGGCGACCUGCUGAAGCACCCGCUGUCACUGGACGUGUUCGAGUCCUCGCUGUACUGGGUCACCCGGGACACGGGUGAACUCGUCAGACAGGACAAGUUCGGAAGAGGAGUGCCAUCGGUUAUAUCCAAGGAUCUAGUCAACCCAUCGGCUGUGAAAGUGUACCACCCGCGGCGCUACAACGCGUCGGGCUCGGGCGAGUGCUCGCGCGCGGCGUGCUCGCACCUGUGCCUGCGCGUGCCGGGCGGGCGGCGCUGCGUGUGCCCCGAGCUGCAGCCGCCGCCCAAGCGCCUGGCGCACGAGCGGCAGUGCGACGCGGCCGUGGAGGCGCCGCGCGCGCUGCCGCGCGUGUGCCCGUGCGAGAACGGCGGCACGUGCGCGUGGGACGCGGCGGGCGCGCUGUCGUGCCGCUGCCGCGCGCCGCUGCAGCCGCCGCUGUGCGCCGCCAGCGCCGCCAGCGCCGCCGCGCGCGCCGGCACCGCGGCCGCCGUGCUCGUGCCGCUGCUGCUCGUGCUGCUGCUGGCGCUGGCCGGCGCCGCCGCCUGGUUCGUCAUUAGGAAACGACCUUUCGGUAAGGGCGGCGGGCUGAGCAGCCUGGCGUCGUCGCAGAGCGUGUCGUUCCGGCAGGGCUCCAACGUGGAGUUCGGCGGCGUGGGCAGCGCCGGCGAGCCCGCCUACACGCUGGAGGAGGCGCCGCGCAAGGGCCGCGACUUCAGCAACCCCAUGUACGACGCCGUCACCCGCGCCGUCGCGCAGGGGGAGCCCGAGCCGCCUAUACCCGGCAUUUACGAAGUACCAGACGAGUUGAAGGAUAAGGUGGUGUCGGCGGUGAUCUCGCCGUCGUCGACGGAGACGCGCGGCGCGGCGGCGCGCGGCGCGGGCGCGGGCGCGGGCCGCGCGCUGGACCCCGCCGCCGACACCGGCCGCGACACCGCGGCGCUCGUGCGCGAGGACAACCACUGCUAGCGCCCGCCGCGCCGGCCGCUGUCGCCGCCGUCGUCCCGCGCGCUGCUGCUGCGCCCCGCAGCACUGCCGCGCGCAUUGUUUUAUAACGAACGCAACAAUGGCCCAGAUCAUUCUUAGCUAAAUUACUUCGUAAAAAAACUAAAGUUAAUGAAACUGUAAAUGACGUAACACUAAGUGGUCCGGACCGCGGCCGCGCGGUCCCGCGUGUUCCGCGCGGCCGCGGCCGGACUG